AUUCGUAGGUAGUGAUCGAGCACCGUGUCCUUGCUCCAGUUUAAAAAGAACUCAGUGCUCAAUCCGCUAGGGGUAGCCGCCGAAAUCUGAAACAUGAGCGACCCCAAGGAGGAAAGCCGUGAGGAGGGCGAGGUCGACUCUCUUGAGCCAGACUUUAGCAAGAAGCAUCCCCUAGAGAACCGCUGGACGCUAUGGUUUGACAACCCCAACCAGAAGCAGACGCAGAAACAGUAUGGGCAAUCGCUCAGAUCGGUGUAUACCUUCGAUACUGUGGAGGACUUCUGGUGCCUGUACAACAACAUCCGCACGCCGAGCCAAGUCAAUGUUGGAGCAACCUAUUAUCUGUUUAAGGAGGGGAUAGAACCCAAGUGGGAGGACGCUAAGAACUUGAAAGGCGGCUGCUGGACUGCGCCAGUGCCGGGCAAGGGCGAUAGCAAAAAGCUGCUUGACGCCUGGUGGUUGAACUCGGUGCUGGCCUGCAUCGGUGAGCAGUUCACGGACGGCGACGAGAUCAAUGGUAUCGCCGUCGUGAUUAGGACCCGUGGUGAUCGCAUUGAGCUAUGGACGCGGACUGCGUCGAACGAGGCGGCUCAGACGAUGGUCGGCAAGCAGCUAAAGCAGUUCCUGGAUAUCUCGGACUCGCAGAAGAUUGGCUUCUCGGUCUUUGAGGAGAAAAUUGCCUCCGGCAAGGCGAAGGACCGAUACAUGGUCUAAGGCGGAGCUAGCAGCGGCAUAAGGACAGCAUACGUGGCUCGUUUGACUUGUGUGGCCAUGUGGCAUGAUUAUCCAGGCAUUGUAGCAUGGACGUGUGCGACGCACCUUUUACCCACCCGCGCCAAGGGCGCACCGGGCUGUCUGCUUCCGGAGACGAUGAGCACAGCAAGGAGGACUGUCUUCUGCAGUGCUAUCAGUCGGGCUGACGAGUCUCCAUCGCCAUUGGAAGCAUUUGUGGGCGCGGGUUGCGUAUGCAUGCGUCUGAACAAUGUUUUAUGAUCAGUGGUGACGAAGGGGGGACGGGGGCCGUCUGUGGGAGAGCCGGAUGACACAACUUUCACUUUCCUGACCCAUCCUGUCUUUUGGGGCUCGCGUUGCGGGGAUUGGGGAAGGCCUUGCGCACCUCCCUUUUGCAGACGAACACUAUUGACCUAACAACACGAUAGAUAGAGCUCAUGACUUACUGUUCUGAUCAACCUAAUCGGCAUGCGUCCCGUCCGGAGACGCGCCGCGUUGGAUCCAGUGUGGCACCUGUGUGCCUAAUGGAGAUUGGAGUGCUGACUUCCUGGGGCUGCUGGCACACGAUAUCGGUCUGCGGCGGGCGUUUGUUUUCUGUGGUCUGCCUUGGUACGUCCGUACCAGCCGCCUUCAGACCUUGAUCGCUUGUGGGUUGGGAGCUGCAUAGUCUUUUCCAGGUGUAUAGCUGCUACUAGGGCACCCUAUAUGGACUGGGAUGCUUAGCAGACGCGCACAGCCCUUUUGCCGCAGAGAAGGGAAAAAUUAGCAGGCUUGGAAUGCUGUGGGCAGAACUUCCGAUCGUUAGGACUUUGCAGGAGUAGCAUAGAGAGAGACGGAAGCUGCAAUAAUGCAGGUUGCAUAGCGCGCUUUUGCCGCGCGCUUUUUAGGUUAUCAACAUCAUGCGAUGUUGGUGGUAGUUGUCUGGUCAAAACAUUAAUUGUGAUACUGCUGCGCCUUUGUCUCAGCGCCCUGGGAGAAGGAGCGUUGUGGCAUUAUUGUAAGGCAGUGGGACGUCUU